AUGAACGACGCCCCUGGUCGGCGCCGCUGGUGGACUCAGGAGGAGGACCAUAUCCUCCAUGAAGAAGUCAAGCAUCAAACAGAGCACGGAAGUCAAGGGCCUAGGAACUGGAGCGCCAUCGCAGAGAAACUCCCCGGAAGAUCAAAUAAAGACUGCCGCAAGCGCUGGACCAAGAUCAGUCUGAGCAGUCGAAAGGGAACUUGGAGUGGCGCAGAGGACCAUCUCUUGCGCAAGGCCGUGGCUAAGUUCGGCUUCCAAUGGACCAAGGUGGCCGGCAUGGUUGGCAGCCGGCACCCUGACCAGUGCGCAAAGCGAUGGCAUCACUCGCUCGAUCCGAACGUGAAACGCGGCCCCUGGGCGUCGGAUGAGGACGGCUCGUUGAUCAACGCCGUGCAGAGAAUCGGGCGUGACUGGAAGGAGAUCGGGCGAGAGCUGUUCCCCAACCGGUCAACAACUGACAUCAAGAACCGCUAUGUGAUAUUGAGCCGUCGGCAGGGCUUCUUCUCCAGCCAGGACGAUUGUUCGGCCAUCAACCUCAAGAUCAACGCGGAUUCGCCGCCGCUUGCGGAUAGCAAGCCUGUGAGCCAUAAUUCAGGAGAUGUGCUGACCCCGAAUGGUGAUACCGAUGCAUCUUUCCUUCCUACCCCGUGUGAUUCAGCUGCAGAUCUCUUCCACCUCCCCCCGGACGCCCUCACCAUGACCAUGCCGCGUCCGACCGUCAUACCCCCAUAUCCCUCCCUCCCCUGUCCGCACGCCAAUAUCUCAACCGACGAUCCUACUAUCUCCUGGGACGUGAACGACUGGGCAUUAUUCGAUAGACAAUACCUCCUCACGCCCGGCCCGUCCGAGCUGGAAAUGGAAAGCUGCGACCCGAGUCUUCUUACCAAUGGUAACGGCACAACUCCCGACUCAGCACUAUUACCGCCCGAAAUCCCCGGACCCAGUACGCUGGUCCUUGAGGACCUGCGCCCGGAGACAGUCAACCUGGUGAUCGACACGUUGCUGCGGACGAACUCGAAGUUUGGGAUGCGGUUGUACAACACGGGGUCAUGA